CAAGGAUCAGCUGGGUUUCUCUGGGUUCAGCUCUGAGAUCUAAUCCAUCCCAUCUGACAGAACUGGACCUGGCAGGAAUGGACCUGAACACUGGAAUAAAGGAGCUUAGUGGGUUUCUCGUGUCUCCCCUCUGCCAACUACAGACAUUUAGAUUGAUUGGCUGCAGUUUUUCAGAGAUCAGCUGUGCUUCUCUGGUCUCAGCUCUGAAGUCCAACCCCUCACAUCUGGAACAUCUGGACCUAAGCUACAACAACCUGAAGGAGUCAGAUGUUCAGCAGCUGCAACAUCUAUUAGAGAGUCCAGACUACAAACUAAAGUAUCUGAAGUGGAGCUGAUGAUCAUUGUAGAGGAGAGAAGCUGAUCUGCGUCCUGCUGAGCCACAGAGGUUGAAGCUGCAGCAGUUUGUUUAAAGAUACCCUGACUGGAUCCUGAUAAUGAACUCUGGGAUUAGAGAUUUUCCUCACUUUUAUUUCAUCCUGUCUGUCACUUAGUGUCUGAUAUUGCCCGUUUCUUCGUUCACAAGAACGUGAGUACGGACUCAUGUUCUCGCCAAGUACGUUCUUGAGAAGAACACAGGAAAGUAUGGACUUGGGAAGAACAGGAGCACCCAGCAUAGACAUGGGUCAACUGGAACAGAGCGUACCCGUGACGUCACCACACGCUUGGCUCGUCUGAAGCUGCAUUUCACCUCCUGGUAUUAAU